CCACCCCGUCAACCAUCCCAGUCCACCCACUCCCGCACCCCCGAUUCACAUCCCCUCCACCUCCUCUCCUCUCGUCUCCUCUGCCGACAGGAUCUCUCCCUUUCUCCGAUCCAUGCCGGGAUCCUCCGCCGUGUGGCCGCACACGCGUGCAGCCUUCCUCCACCACCCGGCCGACCAGGCCCAUCCCGGCGGCCAGUCCGGGCUGCUCCCCGCCGCGGCAUGGAGGCAGGGCGGCGCGGCGGCCCCGAGGGCGAGCCUAGUGGCGGCGCGGACGGUGCAGACCAACAGGCAGCAGGCGCGUGGGAGGAGCAGUGCUGCCGAAGCCGGCGCUGGGAACGAGCUGAGGAAGCCGCCGGCUGGAGGAGUUGGAGGUGCAGCGGGGAUCCGCGGCUCCGCGCCCUGUCCCCAGUCAGUCCCCUCCGAAUCUCGCCGCAGCCGCCGCAGUGGUUUAGCAUGGUGGUGCGAAAGUGUUGCGGCUUGGUUUGUGAGCUACAGACCUUAUCAAGCAGCAAAGUCAUCUCACAUAUGCCGACGACGAAGAUGCAUAUUUAUUGGCUGAGGGAGCAGCAACACAAUUCUGAUGAUUCUGCCAAUGUUGCUUAUUUACUUGCAAGGACCAGAGGGUAUGCUGAUGCUGCGCAAGUAAAUCUUACAUGCCUGGUCAUUAAUCAUUGUUGGUGAAACAAAUGUCACUUGAGAAAUCUCAGCCCAUUUUUCUUAUUAAUGAAUACUGUUACCCACAUUAUCUUGACUCCCAUAAUGAUCUUUUUCUUUAGGAUUCAUGAUUUUUUUCCUUUUUCUUGUUAUUAUGCAUUACUAUGAGUUCAUUGUAUUAAGAUUCCUUGCAACUUCAGAACCUUGAGCUAUUUACAGAAGGAGGGGACCCGGCCUUCUUCAUGUCUUGUGGCAGUGUCUUCCUUUGAUUCAUUCGUGCAACAAAGAGGGGACCUGGCCUUCUUCAUGUCUCGUGCAAAAAGGGUGAUUGACACUGACUACGACAGCCUGGUGGGCGUGGUGCUCUUCAACCAAUUCGAGGUGGACUUCGACGUGAAGCCCAGCGACCGCGCCGCACGGAUGAUCGUCCAUGUGGUCACGAUGCCGGAUGUCGCCGAGGUGGAGGACCUCGACGCCAUCUUUCGGGGUGAGGGACGAUUAGGGUCCUCCGGCGUCUGAACACCAAGCCUUGGUAGAUACAUGUAGAUAAGUGGUCUGUUUAGGCUGGUGGUGGAACACUAGGGAAGGUAGCCACCUUCGGUUGUGUGUGUUUAAUUUAUUUUGCACUGGACGUGUCCCUGAUUUCUAUCUAUGAAUAAUGCACGUAAUUUUUA